CUACGUCGUGCGCCUGGAUACAACACAUUGACCAGGACGACAGCGCGGCGCCACGACCGACCAUGGCGACGUGCGCGCAGACACAGGCAUCUUACACAAGCGCUCUACACGCGUGUGGGUUCACGCCGACCGUGUGGUGUGCGGAUGCAGCUUGUUUGUCCAACUCGCAACGCUGGUGCAACCUGUCGCAAUGCACGGCUGCAUGGGCCCUUGCCAAGCACAUGUCAACGCAGUGUGGGUCGCACAGCCCGCCGAUUCCGCUACAAAUCUGCGACGGUGCGUGUGUCGGCGCCAUGCGUGUGGUCCACGACCUCGUCACGGCGUGCACAGCCGUCACGACGGCCAACCACACUGGCCUGGCCGACUGCCGCGCGUGUCAGCAUUACCAAGGCAACCGGUCCAAGCUGGCAACGCACUGCGCAUUCGACAUCAUGACGUCCAACCCGGCGGUGGCAACCGCGAUCGCGUUGUGCAAAUCGACGUUUCCGCAGCUUGCGUCGUCGUUUCCGUCGUCUCUAGACACGAUCGCAGUGGUGGUGCAUGACGAACCGUCGUUGUCCCAGAAUCCCCAAGUGUUUGUGACCGUAAUCGUUCUCGGCAUGGUGGUGGCCGUCAGCGUUGGCAUUCUCGUCUACUUUCAGUUUCGCAAACUGCGCCACGCUCAUGGACGAGACUUGUUUCGUGACGUGAUCAUCAUCCAGCCGCCAAACCGUGUCCAUCACGUGUACCGCCGCCGGUCGUGGCGCCAGUCCGCCGGCCCAACACGAAAGCCACAGCGCAGGUCGAUCCUGACCUUCGAGGACGAAGCACCGUACAUCCUGCCGUCGCCCACGAGCUACGACAUGGUGCUGGGGUCGCCCAGAAGCACCGGCAUCGAAGACGUCCGGUUCGACAAGAAGCUUACGCAGUUCCGCAUCCCGGUCGACGAAUUCGUCAACAAGUCGCCGCUUCAAACUGGCGGACAAGCGUCGUUGUUUCGAGCCCAGUGGAGAGGCCGCGACGUCGCGAUCAAGCAAAUCGCCCCCAUGCACGCCAAAGACUUUUACGCGCUCCAGGAAUUCAUGCGCGAGAUUCGAUUGUCGGCGUAUUGUCGGCAUCCGUCGAUCGUGGAAUUUCUCGGCAUUUCGUGGCGCACGCUCAAGGACAUGUCGAUCGUGACCGAGUACAUGGUCCAUGGGGACUUGUACUCUGUCCUGCGGCACCAACGCGAGCUGCGGCCGCAAGACCAGUGGCUUCGCUGGUAUGACCACAGCACGGACGACUCGGACGGUGGCGUCGAUGGCCGUCGCCGACACACGGUCCACCGCAUCCAUUUGGGGUUCAAUUGCCGCCGCGUGAACCCGUCCAAGCUCGCGAUGGCGCUCCAAGUCGCGCAGGCGCUGCAGUACUUGCAUUCGAUGCGAAUCGUGCACCGAGACAUCAAGUCCAAGAACGUUGUCCUUAACACGCUGUACACGGCGAAACUGUGCGACUUUGGCAUUUCCCGACGGCUCUCGGACCUCAUGACGGCGAACCGCGGCACGCUAGCGUACAUGGCCCCAGAAGUUUUCCAGGGCAACAAGUACACAGAAAUGGCCGACAUGUACAGCUUUGGCGUGCUCUUGUCUGAAAUGGACAAGCUCGAUUCGCCGUACGUCGGCGACAUGCCCGACGUCGACCCGGCCGUGACCUUUCCCGACGCCAAGAUUGCAAUGAUGGUGGCGGAAGGAUCCCUCAAACCGAGCUUCACCAAGUCGAUGCCUCGUGAAAUUCUGCACGUCGCGUUGAAAUGCCUCGCGUUUGACGCCACGCUGCGACCGACGGCGGACGAACUCGUCGAUGCGUUGGCGCUCCUCAUGCACCAGCAUCGAGCGCAGGCGACGUGUGCGGCCCGUCCACUUUGGAACGAACCAAUCCCCCCCCGUGCACACCGGCAUGCCGCUGCAAACGAUGGUACUUGAAUAAUAACAAGCUCAUUGUUCCAACA